UAAAAUGGAUUAUACCAAAACAUUUGUAUUGCAAAUUACUGUCUUGGUACUUGUAUUAAAAGAAGCAAAGACUUUAGAAGAAGGAUAUCUUGGACAUGUAAAAGAUGCUUGCUAUAUGAAAGGAGAAGCGCUAUCUUGUAUGAAGUAUAAAGCUUUAAAAAUAGCGACGAAUACAUUCUUUGGUGAUAUAUAUUCAAACGAAACGAUAAGAGCAAGUAAGAUGAUUAGUUUUGUACCGCUUGAUGAAGAAGCAAUAAAAGAAGUAAUGAAGAACGAAGAAGAAGAAGCACUGAUGGAACCGAGAAGUUUAAUGUCAGAGUGGUCGGAAUUUACAAAAUACUUGAUGAAAUUAGUAAAAGAAUUCUUUAAAACUAAAGGAUUGAAAGUUGAUCUUCCAGAAGGUGCUAGAACAAUUGAAGAAACUGAUGAUGAUGCUCGAGGUAAAAAGAAAAAGCUGGCAGUGAUGAUACCACUGCUCAAUCUUUUAGCGACGCUGAAGACAAAGUUACUGCUCAUACCAAUCCUAUUAGCGGUACUUUUGAUAAAGAAACUACUUUUAGUUGCAGCUUUGUUGGUGCCGAGUUUACUUAGUACAUUGAAGUCAUGCAAGCAUCAUCACCCAAUGACACACUACUCGUCUUACUUCGAUGGUGGUUCGUCAGAUUUCAAUUCAGACUACGGCAGUAGUUACGCGUACUCAACAGGCGGUGGUUACGGCAAAGAUUAUGCAUCUAACAGAGCUUAUUUAUUACCUAAACAUAGACCUACACCCGCUCCUAUGUAUAUAACUGCACCUGGAACUACUGCGUAA